AUGCUUAGUCCACCGCAACUCAUGGUAGUUCAAGCACUGACGGUAAACAAAAACACUAAGUCUAAGCAAGCCAUCACAGUUCUUCUUGACAGUGGUUCUCAACACAGCUACAUCAGGAGAGAGACUGCGGCAAACUUAGGCUUGAAACUUGAGAAUCCGCAAAAUAUCACAGCCUUAACAUUUGGAGGUCAUCCACAUACGCAAAAGUCGUAUCGGGCUAAAAUUAUACUCCACAACAAAAAGAGUGGCCAACGAAACUCCACUUAUGGACGCGUAAGUUCAAGGGCUUCUCCACCAAAAGAAGCUCAAGAAGGGUUCAGAUCUACGAUCAAUAAAUCAUUAGAUACUUACAAGUCAUUUAUUCCAUUCACUAGAACUAAUUCACGUAAGAAACUAGUUCGUAUAGCUUCCUAUGUCCUUAAGUAUGUGGCUAUCCACUGGCGAAGGACCAAGAAAAGCAGUUCGAGCAAAGAUACCAGCUUUAGGAUCCUCCACUUGAUGUCAGAAACGCAAACCAUCACAGCAAGCAAUAUGAAAGCAGAAGAAAUCCUACUACUCCGCGAACAUAAUCCCAAAGAAGUGAUCGAGCUGCAAGGCCACGUAGUUCAACGUCUCCGGAUAUCACUGGGCGAAGACGGCAUCUACCGUGGAGACCUGCGAAUGGCGAACGCAGAGAUUGCGGACUCUGCGAAGACUCCUAUCCUGCUUUUGCCAAAACAUCAACUCACCAGGUCAGCGGAUGGAUCAGUUCGAUCAGUCAAAAUCAAGACAGGCAAUAAUAAAUUCCUCGACCGAUCCGUUAAUCAGCCGAUCCCUCUGGAAGUAUGCGCGUCGGAUGUGCAAAAUGUACUACAACCAAAAAAGCAAAGUCAGCCGACUCGCAUCCAACCAGAGCGAAAAGCAAAACAAAGAUAA